AGCGCGUCGGCGUUUAAGAGUAAAAACCAAGAAAGUCUGCGAUGUCAUUGAGGUGCCGGACUUUACUUGUGGAGAAACUUCGACAGGUAGUAGCACACUCGCCCACUCUUCGACCGUCUUUACCUGGACACUCGCGAGACCGGUGCGCGAAGGUUCUUACCGUGAACGUGGUUACGGUGGCUAACGUGGUGCAUCGAUUCGUGCGACUGCUCUCAGCUAGCGCGAGCAUGAAAAGCAACGUCCUGUUCAGGCAGCUCUUCGACCAGAAGAGCUGCACCUACAGCUACCUUUUGGCCGACCUGAACACGAAGGAAGCCCUCCUGAUCGACCCGGUACUCGAGCAGGUGGAGAGAGAUGCCAAGCUGAUCAACGAACUCGGUCUUCGCUUAGCAUAUGCAGUGAAUACUCAUGUUCAUGCUGACCACAUAACUGGCUCUGGGAAACUGAAAGAUAUUCUGGAUAACUGCCGCAGCAUCAUCUCUGCUGCAUCCAACGCAAAAGCCGACGAUUACCUCAAUCCAGGAGAUAUGUUUGGAGUUGGCUGCGUUAAGCUGGAAGCGAGGGCCACUCCUGGCCAUACAAAUGGCUGCAUGACCUAUGUGUGGCACGACCAAAGAAAAGCCUUCACAGGUGAUGCACUGCUCAUUCGUGGUUGUGGAAGAACAGACUUUCAAGAAGGAAACCCAGAGCGCCUUUAUGACUCGGUACAUUCACAGAUACUCAGCUUGCCUAUAGACUACAACUUGUACCCUGCCCAUGACUACAAAGGUCAGACUGCCACUACAGUUGGAGAAGAGCUCAAGUACAACCCUCGACUGACAAAAUCUAAGGAAGAGUUUGUUGAUAUUAUGAACAAUCUCAACCUCAGCUAUCCCAAGAUGAUAGACAAGGCCGUUCCCGCCAACAUGGUGUGUGGGCUUCACGAUUUUGCUGAGACGUCAUGAACCCAGUUGCAAGAGCACAGCAAUACACACGUUACUGAUACCUACAAGAAACAGCUUUCAGGGUGUCUGUAAUUAUAUAUUAUACACAUGAUAAAAUAGCGCACAACAUUUUAGCCACAGUUGCUUUGUUAACUGUCGUCGUCUGACAGCAUUCCAUAGUAUGCAGGUUAAAUCUUUCCCACAUCUCGCUUCAGACACAUGUAGCAUGCAAGCACUGUGGCACCCAGAUUUAUUGAAAUUGCAAUAAAAGUAUUUUGUUGAGAACUCA